AUGCCCUGUUCCCCCUCAUUACUACUGAGGCAGUCAGAGAUCAUGCCCUGUUCCCCCAUUACUACUGAGGCAGUCAGAGAUCAUGACCUGUUCCCCCUCAUUACUACUGAGGCAGUCAGAGAUGAUGCCCUGUUCCCCCUCAUUACUACUGAGGCAGUCAGAGAUCAUGCCGUGUUCCCCCUCAUAACUACUGAGGCAGUCAGAGAUCAUGCCCUGUUCCCCCUCAUUACUACUGAGGCAGUCAGAGAUCUGUCCUGUCUCCCCCCCAUUACUACUGAGGCAGUCAGAGAUCAUGCCUGUUCCCUCCCAUAUACUGAGCAGUCAGAGAUCAGCCCUGUUCCCCCCAUUACUAUGAGGCAUGUCAGGAUCAUGCCCUUCCCCCCCCCAUACUACUGAGGCAGUCAGAGAUCAUGCUGCUCCCCCUAGAAAUGAGGCAGUCAAGAUCAUGCUGUUCCCCCCAUUACUUAGGCGAGACAUGCCCUACCCCCCCAUACUUGGCUGAGAUCAUCCCUGCUCCCCCCCCACCCCCCCCCCCCCCAUACACUCCCAGGAUGAGCCCCCCCCCACUCCUACCAAGAUUCAUGCCCUGUUCCCCCCAGCACACUAGUCGAGAUCAUGCCCUGUUCCCCUCAUUACUACUGAGGCAGUCAGAGAUCAUGCCCUGUUCCCCCCAUACUACUGAGGCAGUCAGAGAUCAUGCCCUGUUCCCCCCCAUUACUACUGAGGCAGUCAGAGAUCAUGCCCGUUCCCCACCCAUUACUACUGAGGCAGUCAGAGAUCAUGCCCUGUUCCCCCCAUUACUACUGAGGCAGUCAGAGAUCAUGCCCUGCUCCCCCCCCAUUACUAUGAGGCAGUCAGAGAUCAUCCCCUGCCUCCCCCCCAUUACUACUGAGGCAGUCAGAGAUCAUGCCCUGUUCCCCCCAUUACUACUGAGGCAGUCAGAGAUCAUCCCUGUUCCCCCCCUUACUACUAGCGAGAUCAUGCCUUCCACUACUGAGGCAGUCAGAGAUCAUGCCCUGCUCCCCCGCCUUACCACUGAGGCAUCAAUCAUUCUCCCCCCCCCCCUGGGCAUCAGAUCAUGACUGGCUCAUCACAGUGAAAUGAGCUCUCUUCUACCCCCCCCCCCCCCCCCCCCCCUCUAUCUCUCUCUUUCAUUUAGAUCAGUUAGAGUAACCCAGUGUCAUGGAGUAGAUGAUCUGUUCUGAUCCUCCUCUAGGGCUCACCCUGCAGCUUUUUACCCCAAUGUCAUUAUCCCUGAUUACCUCACCUCCAGAGUAUCUCAUUAAGACGCAGAAGGAAAUGACACACAAACACACAAUCAAAUAAACACAAACAAACAAGCACUCCCGUAUAGUCGUGUAUCAGCACCUGCCAUGGGACUUUGAUUAUGAAACUGUGACGGGAGGAUUUUCUCACACCCCAGCCUUCCUGUAAACAUUGCCUGUGUGAUUAUAGUCUGCUUGAUUAUUAUAAACCAUAGAGUUGGAUAGAGGCCACAUCUUUGCAUAUGUGCCAUAAUGGUUUCUAUGACAGCAUGACAGCGCCAUUGAGGGCUAUCUCCAUUGGUGAAAGUCCUCAAUGGCGCUGCCCAUGCUAAAACCGGCUUUGUGGCAAGUGCACCCUCUAUUCAACUCUAUGAUAUCAACCAACUUCUAGUUGUCCUGAUCCUGGAUCUUAUUUCUAUUUAUUUAUCAGUCUCAUGAUGUUGGAGAAAGACCUUCUGCAAGAAAUGAUACUGUAAGUUGUCUGUGAUGCUAGUUUGCAUCAAAAUACUGUUGUUGUCAAUGUACGUGACAAUGUCAAUGUACGUGACGAACAGUCACAGUCAAUUGUCAAUGUACGUGAUAUAAAUGUACAUUAUAUUUGUUAAUAAUACAAAUCCAUUUAUUCAUGAUCAUUUCCAUUUUAUUUAGAACAUAUUGGCUAAGGGAAAAGUACAGUAGCUAAAUAUAUAUCCCUGUUUCUGAUGAAAGUUAUGAAAGAAAGAAGGAUAGUGGAUUUUCCACAAAGUGCUAGGGGAAGUGUGAGCGUCAUAGCGCUAGCUAGGGGAAUUAAACGGUAUGAAAAGCCAUUUAAAAACAGCCGCAAUAUGACCCUUCUAAGACUGUUAAAACGCAGUUAGCAUUAGGAGAGGAGGGCCCAUAGAAACACAUUGAGGGACUCAAAAUGUUUUUUAAAUGUUCUUCAAGCGUUGUUGUUAAGCUUUUCAUGUUCAGUCAGUCUGGAUAGAACCUGUUACGUCAUAGUACCUUGUGGUUAGCAGCAAACCGCAGCACAUAUCUGACAGACUAGAUAUGUCAGCUCAGAAUAUGCUUGAUUUAAGUUUGUACCCAAUCCUUUUCCUUGUAAUCGGGUGUGAUUCCUCAUCCCUGGCCUGUGUCUGAUCUUGCCAUUGGUUGUCGUUUCAGCAAGGCGAAUGGUGCGAGCCAAUCACGUUGCGUCCUCCCAACGAGGCCACCUCGUCCACUCCAGUGCAGUACUGGCAGCACCACCCUGAGAAGCUCAUCUUCCAGUCGUGUGACUAUGAAGCUUACGUGAGUAGUCCCGCCCCUACGUUUACAGUGUGUGUGUGUGUGUGUGUGUGUGUGUGUUUGUGUGUGUGUGUAUUUGUGUGUGUGUGUGUGUGUGUGUGUGAUGUGUGUGUGGUAUGUGUUUGUGCUUGUGUUAGUAUGCUUUUCAUGCAUGUAUGAUAUGCUUGUGAAUGUGUAUACAUUAGCAUCUUAUCAUAUUCUACAGCAGUGGUAUUCAAAGUCGGGGUCACGACCCCACUAGGGGAACAUCAGUGGGGUCAAUAAAAAGGAAAACAAAUUUAGAGUACAGAUUAUUGGAUGAGACAAUAUACGUUUUUCGGAAAGAUCAUUUAAAAAAAAUACAAUUUUAUUGAGUAAAUGAAUUUAUUGGUUUCUUUUCAUUUUGAUAAGAGAAGAAAAUAUAAUGAAGGUUAUUUGUUGAUGUAAAAAUGUACAGAUUUUAAGGUUAUGUCAUUAUAUUUGGGUUAGGGUAGGGUUGCGAGAAAUUAUUGGGGGAAAAAUGGUGUCCCCAGAAAUUCUGGUGGACAAAAUGGGGUCCCCGCUGAAAAGGUUUGAAUAACACUGUUCUACAGGAACGUGGGAGAGAUGCCCUGUCCGUCAAGUGGGUCCAACACACACACACACAAUUUCAGGGAACACACACACACACUGACACUCCCUAACACUCUUCGACAGCUCUCCACACUCCCACCAUCUACUCUAACCCUGGCCUAUAGCUGACGUAUGUUAUGCCCUCUGAUGUAAAGUACCUGCGCUUGUGUUACCUAACCGACACACUGGAGGUAUUCAGGAGUAAAACCAUGUUUCACCCUUCGAUCAAUACUGCACUGAGCUAUUCACGCUGCUGCGGUCAUUUUAGCCUCCCGUUACAUAAAACCAACCAUGUUACCAAGGAUACUGCACAUGUACAUUUGAUUGGCUUAUCCCCAGCAACCAUGUAACACUGAUUACUACCCACUUUCAGCUGAUGAAUCAUCGGGAAGAUGAUUGGCUCCCAUUUCGAGCCUGGAGGCUCCCAUUGGCUCUCGGGGCCAGCCGUGUUGAAUUGUGAUUGACUCUUGCAGAGUUGUGCAUAGUGAUUGGCUCAGAGGUGCUGUUGUGGAGUUGUGUGGGCAGAGGUGGCUAGAGGAUUAGAGAGAGAGAGAGAAACAGUGAGUGAGUGUGAAUAUGCGAGAGAGUGUUUGUGAGAGAGUGAGGGAAAAGGUAGUGUGGGUUGAGAGAGGGAGAAAGGAACUGUAAAUAAAUAAAAUAAUGGGUCCCAAGCAACCACUCUCCCAGGACUGCAGCUCCGCAUGGCCCCACGAAGAUAGAUAGAUGAGAAACUGAGAGAGGAAGAAAAGAAGGGAGGGAGGGAGGAGGAUGGAGAGAUUAGGGGAGGUGAGGAGUAAAGGGAGGACAUAUCAGGAGGGAGGGAGGGAGGAGGGGAGGGAGGGAGGGAGGAGAGGAGGGAGGAAGGGAGGAGGAUGGAGAGAUUAAGGGAGGUGAGGAGUAUAGGGAGGACAUAUCAGGAGGAGGGGAGGGAGGGAGGAGGGGAGGGGGGGGGGGGGGGAGGGAGGGGGAAAAGAAACAGAGUGAGAUAAAGUGUGACUAAAAGGAAGAAACAGACAUUUAAAUAAGCAUGAAGAGUUAAGCAGUGUACGGAGGUAGAGUGAGGGAGAGAGGAUAGAGUUGAGGAUGUAAAAAGAGAGAAGAGAGGGACGAGUGACAAGUCCUCUAAGGCCUGACGCUGUCAUCACACUGAUUCUAUUACAAAGAGACGAUUCUCUAACGUCAUUACAACGUUGUCUUCAUAAAACCAGACAAUACCCAAACAUUGUUCUAAUCAAUUCUUUAUUAUAGACCAUGCUCUACGCUUUCUUUAUUAACAUUCUUAGACAGCCAAAUGUCAUCACUGCAUAUAUGACAUACCUUCUUUAUUACACCAGACAAUGUCCUAACGUUAUUUCAACGUUGUCUAUAUUAAACCUCAGAUAAUACCCUAACAUAAUUUCACCGCUUUUGGGAUUAGUGUCGUGCAUGAUUACAUUGUCCAUUUCUAGAGCUUGAUGGUUCUUGAAUGUCAUUUUAGCACAGGAGAAACUAGAAAAAGCACUCCCUAUAAUAAAUGCACUGUUGUUGCACUUUUAAAGGGAAACUUUACUAAGCUGUUGCUCCAAUGUUAUCACAACGUGUCCUCUUAUGAUCUAUGGCUAGAAUAACACACAUAAUCCUGACUGUAUAAUCGGUCAAAACUGAUUCCCCAAAGCGUGUAGCGUUUUCACUCUGUUACUAUGUUCUCUGUUAUGUUAUUACUAUGUUCUCUGUAACGUUUUCAGCAUCAGACGACACUACCCUGACACUGUAACAUGAAUAACUGUAUGUGUGCGCGCACACACACACACACACACACACACACACACACACACACACACACACACACACCCAGAGAGAGGGGCUUCUUGCUGGUCUGUAACAUUAUUACAGGGUUCUCUAUACGAGAACAGACGACGUUCCCUUGAUACCAUAACAUUAUUAACAACCGAGCCAGACAGAGCAGUAACCAGCCCAGACAACCCCACUACAACCUCCACAUGAAUCUGUCUACCUCCCAUUAAGAAAUUAGUCAUUCAUUCUACAGCACAUAAAAUAGGAGAUAAAUCAAGUAAAUGCAGUUCAGGGUAAGGUUGUUUUGCUGUAAACAAAUACAUUGCAUUAGCUUAUCUUUUGACGAAAGGUAAGGUUAGGUGAAUCGUUUUGAGGGGACAUUUUCAAAAGCAUAUCCUGUAGUAGGGUAAAUGAUUUAGGGUCAGGGGGUCUAGGUAUAAAACGAUCAAUAUUUACACUUUAGGUGUCCGAAACAUUCUAUAAGAAAUCCUCUUUGGGCCUUUUAGCUCUCAAAUGAAGGGUUAGUGCUCUGAGCAGUUUAUCGUACACCCAUUACAUCCUCACAAACUAGGUCCCCUAGUGAUGUCCCCACUUUGCACGUUUCCAGCCCCUCCCAAGCGCUGUUUGCACUCCUCUGGUGCUUUCAAGGUUGUUUUAAUCACUUCAGAAAGCACUGCUUUAUUAUGCGACUGGCUGGCUAGCUGCUGCCACACACACACACACACACACACACACACACACACACACACACACACACACACACACAGCAAGUGAUGUCAUCAUCUGAGCAGAAUAUUGUUGUUUGAGUUUUUUUCAAAUUGAAGUAUUGGACUUUUGGGAGUAAGUGAUUUGAUCAUUUAUGUAUACAUCUUACAUUGAAUGAUUAUAUGAACCUUCAUGUAUCUGUACAAUAGCUCUACGAUGGAAUGUGAAUGUGAACAUUAUUGACCUUUAUGUCUCUGACAGUACCUGGGCUCCAUGCUGGUAAAAGAGCUGAGAGGAACAGAGUCAACACAAGACGCCUGCUCCAAGAUGAGGGUAAGAGGGCCCGGCACAGCGUCACAUCACUACCACACAGAGAGAGAAACUAGGGCCACUUAAACAACACUGUAGUGUAAUUUUUACCUGGAUUCACCUCCCUCUCUUUAGCUCUCUGUUAUUCUCUUUCACUUUAUUCACCUUCUUCCUCUAGCUCUCUCUUCCCCUUCUCUAUCUAUGAGUACUGCAGUGUGGAAGUGAGAAGAGACUAUUAAUAGUAUACUCUCCGUCCCUAUACGUGUCAUCCUCCUCUCUUUAUUGUUUAUGUACUCCGGCCCUAAUCUACUCUUUUAUAUGUUUAUGCAUCUCGUCCUUCAUCCUCUCUUUUAUAGUUUCUGUCCCUUCCGUCCUCUCCUCCUCCUUUAUAUGUUCUGUUCUGUCCCUCUCUUCCUCUCUUUAUUGUUUCUGUCCCUCCUCGUCCCUCUCUCCUCUCUUUAUUUUCUGUCCUCCCCGUCCUUCCUCUCUCUCUUUUAUAUGUUCUGUCCUCCUCCAGUUCCCUAAUCAUACCUCCUUAUAUGUUUCGUCCCUCUCCGUCCCUCCUCCUCCUCCUCUUUAUCUGUUUCUGUCCCUCCUCGUCUUCCUCCUCCUCCUCUUUUUACUGUUUCUGCCCCUCUUCCUCGUCCCUCCUCAAUACUCCUCUUAUAUGUUCUGUCCACCUCCUCAUCCUACUCUUUUACUCUGUUCUGUCCACUCCUCUCCUCCUCUUUAUCUUGUUUCUGUCCCUCCUCCGUCCCUCCUCCGUCCCUCCUCCUCCUCCUCUUUAUCUGUUUCUGUCCUUCCUCCUCCUCCUCUUUAUCUGUUUAUGUCCCUCCUCCGUCCUUCCUCCUCCUCCUCUUUAUCUGUUUCUGUCCCUCCUCCGUCCUUCCUCCUCCUCCUCUUUAUAUGUUCUGUCCCUCCUCCGUCCUUCCUCCUCCUCCUCUUUAUCUGUUUCUGUCCCUCCUCCGUCCCUCCUCCUCCUCCUCUUUAUAUGUUUCUGUCCCUCCUCCGUCCCUCCUCCUCCUCCUCUUUAUCUGUUUGGUCAUCUGAGGAGAGCAGACAGCUCCCCAUGCCGCAGACACCUCAGAGAUGCCUCUACCUCUCCCUCCCUCUUUCGCCCUCGCUCUCUCUCUCUCGGUUUAUCUUGAUCUGCCAAUACGAUAGAUGCUGUUGCUGUUUUUAUUGUCAUUACAUUUGGAGCUCUGCUCUUGAAGUCCCUACCUGCAUCCUCUUAUACCCCCCCCCCCCCCUCUCUCUCUCUCUCUCUCUCUCUCCUUCUCCAUCCCUCUGCCUCUUUUCUCUCUGCUCUCUAUAUUUCCAUACUUGUGGACACAGUAGCAACAUGGCCCAUGUGAAUAUAUCAUUCCCACUGCUCUGUCUUUGUGUCUGGCAACGCUGCGUUUAUCGGCCCUCAUAAGCCCGUGAUCUUGACAGGGAACCGCUGCACUAGAAACAUGCUGAUGUUGAGGAAACAGAGAGAGAGAGAGCGGGGGGUGGGGGGGGGAGAAAGAGAGGGGGGAGAGGAAGGAGGGGGAGGAAGGAUGGAUGGGUGGGUGGGAAGGAUGGAUGGGGGGGGGAGAGGAGUGGAAUUCAUACGAGAUCUGUUGAAUAUAUUAAAUCCCUGACAGGUGGAAUGAUGGUACUAGGGUGAUACUGAUUUUAAAUCACAUCAUUCCCCACUGCGGCAGUGCAUAAUAAGCUUAACAAUGGGAGAACGGGAAAAAGAAACAUACGCCUGUCAGACGAGAGCGGGUGGUAGUGAGUCUGGACGGGCACAGAACGAAGAAAGGGAUAUAGGAGAGAUAUUUAUGGGUUGAAAGAUAAUAGUUAUAUUGUGCCUCCUUGGGGGAAAUCUAUACGUUUUGAAAAUGUAAUUUGCUAAGGCGCAGGGUAACCUUUGAACUUUGAGAAGAUUGGAAUUGAUUCUGGUAAUCAAGAGGAGAGUGUUUGGAUAGGCUGGCUCUCUCUGUGUGUAAUGAUCUCAUCCCUCUCUCUCUCUCUCUCUUCCCACCCCUUCCCCCUCUUUUCUGCUUAGUUAUAUGCUUGUGUUGAUUUCAUCUUUCUUUCUCUCUCUCUCUCUUCCCACCCCUUCCCCCUCUUAUUCUAUCUAGUUAUAAGCUUGUGUUGAGCUCUCAUCUCAUAAUCUAUCAUCUCUAUCUGUUCCCACUAGGGUUGCAAAAUUCAGAGAACUUUCAAGAAAUUCCCUACCUUUCCCGAAAUCCCGGUUGGAGGAUUCCCAGAAUCCGGAGGGAAUAAGCCGUAAAUCCAGAAUCAUCCAACCCAUGAUCUCAGAAAAAAACUUGGAAUUUAUUGAAAGUUUUGCCACCCUAGUCCCCACUCUCUCUAAAAUUGUAUUAUGUUGUGAAGAGAUUCUUAUUGUAGGGUUUUAUUGUUCUACUGUGGAGGGAGACGAUGAAACCAAGGUCUUGAUAGCCUUGUGUUGGUUGCCAUCAUUAGUCUAAUUGACUCAUAGACUACAUGAUAAAAAAGAGCAUCAAAUGUUAACAGGCAGCCCCUCUUUUCCGUUCUGUUCCCUCUCUCUUUCUCUCUCCAUCUCUCUCUCCACUCUACAGAAGUCUACAGAACAGAUGAAGAAAGUCCCAACCAUUGUUCUCUCUGUCUCCUACAAGGGAGUCAAGUUCAUUGACGCUACAAACAAGGUGAGAGCCUUUCUUUCCUCCUGUACCAUUACUGAGAGUAAUAACUGAACAGCACUGGGUGAAAGCAAAAAAUAAGAUCUUGUCGGUUUCACAAGAUCAACAGUCUGAACUUACAUCACAUAAACCUUCUCUAAAGAUCUCCAACCCCUCCUCUCUCUCUCUCUAUAUCUUCUCCUCUCUGUCUAUUGUCUCUGUCUCGUGGUCUGGAGCGAGCGCGGGGGAGUCUGGAGAGAGGGGAGGGAGGAGAUAUAGGCGAGAGCGAAGGAGCUAGGGGGUCAUCUUCUCGCUGGCUCCGCUAGUCGCCUCGCUCUCGUCGCUCGACUGCUAGCUUCGCGUAUUCUAUCUAUAUCGUUUUUCUCUCUAUCUAUCUCUCUUCUCUCUCUCUCUCUCUCUCUCUCUCUCUCUCUCUCUCUCUCUCUCUCUCUCUCUCUCUCUCUCUCUCUCUCUCUCUCUCUCUCUCUCUCUCUCUCUCUCUCUCUCUCUGUCUCUGUCUCUGUCUCUCUCUCUAGAACAUCAUAGCUGAGCAUGAGAUCCGUAACAUCUCGUGUGCGGCCCAGGAUCCUGAGGAUCUGUCCACGUUUGCCUACAUCACCAAAGACCUCAAGUCCAGCCACCACUACUGCCAUGUCUUCACUGCCUUCGACGUGGUGAGUCACACACACACACACAGCACCCUCUGUCUGUGAGGGGGACAAGUAGCUUUAUUAAUUAGUUACUUCCUGGUUGAGUUUGAGAACUACUGUUAUGAUGAUAUGGCAGAUUUUACAUAGUGUGUGUUUGUAUGUGUGUGUGUGCAAGUGCGUGCGGGUACAUGCAUAACAUUAGAUGCGUAUGUGUGUGUGUGUUUAUGCCAUUUCGUGUGUGUGUAUAACAGAACCUGGCAUAUGAGAUCAUCCUAACCCUGGGUCAGGCUUUUGAGGUAGCUUACCAGCUGGCCCUGCAGGCCAGGAAGAGUGGCCACGGCUCCUCCACGCUGCCAGAGAGCUUCGACAUCAAGCCCAACAAGCCCGUCCCCAAGCCCCGCGUCAACAUCCGCAAGUCUGUGAGUAAUGACACUGGUUUAUACCCUCCGUUUAACCUUUACCCUCUACUACUACCUCUACCACGACCUCUCACCUUUCACCUCUCAUCAACACGUCUGUGAGAGCCAUACCGUACUGUCUAGACCACCUGUAAGCUCCAAUACCACUCUGUUCCACAACAUCUCACCUUUCACCUGUCAACAUAAGUCUGUGAGUUCCCACAUAAUACUGCAGCCAACCCUCCCCCAUCACACAACUACUUCCCUUUCCUCUUUACCCUUUCCUAUGACCUCUCACCUUUUACCUCUCAUCAACAUCCACUAGCCUAGAGUGCCUUUUUCCAUCUCCCAUGACCUCUGACCUCCUCUGUGACUGUUGUUCACCCUGUCCAUGACCUCUGCCCUCUGCCCUCUCCUCUGGGACUGUUGUUCACCCUGUCCUCUGUUUCCAAUACAGGUACAUUAGAGUGAACAUCUCUAAACUCCUUCACAUUGCCUUUGUUGGCUUUGUUAUCAGUGUUAGCAUGUUAUUGUGAGUGUUUCUGUGUGUAUAGAGUUAACUCACUCCUUUUUCAAAGUGGUCUGUUGUGUUUAUUGAUGGUUGCAGUGUGUGUGUGUGUCUUGGCCACACUGAGUUUGUAGCAGAGGUGUAGAUCAGUGGUGUAGUGGAGGGUAAAGGAAAGAUGCAUUGAAAGAAUAGUGAGCGUUACUUUUUUCACUGCGACCGCCGAUCAGAGUUUACCCACCUAUUGUUUUACCGCUACAUCACUGGUGUAGAUGGAUGUUUGAUCUGUAAACGUCCCUCUCCAUCUUUCUCUCCCUGCAGUCUCUUACAGACCUGGGUGAUUGAUGAGGGCUGUUUACAUAGAGCUCUAUGGAGCCCAGCUUACAAUGCGUGUGUGGGAGUGUGGGGGUGUGCAUCUCAGCUUUAUGGGUGUGUGUGCAUCUCUCAGCUAUGUGUGUGUUAGUGUUGGCUCUGUCCAUGGCUCUCUCCCAGUUGCCAGAGUCACCUACCCAGCCACAGUGCCUGUCUGUCAGCCUCCUCUCCCCCCAGCCUCCCCUUGGAUUCCAGGUCCUGGAGCUUUUACGGACAGAGUUAGAUUCAACAUAGGCAUGCACUGUACACCACUGGAGCCUUAAGAGCCUUGUUCUCUAUAGUGUUUCCAUAUGGAUUUACUGUGCUGUAUGCAUAUGGCCACGUCCCAAAUGUGGCACCCUAUUCCCUAUAUAGUGCAUGGGCCCUGGUCAAACGUAGUGCACUAUAUAGGGAAUAGGGUGCCAUUUGGGAAGCAUACAAUGAGUGAGGUAAGUGCUAUUUGUAGUGCUGGCGUCUCAUGUCUAGAGCACAGUACUAAUGUCCCCUUCCAUAAAGUGAGUCAGGGGACAGAUAAAGUGACAGGGAACAGCUUUGUCACUCUCUCUGUGCUGUUAGCGGUCAUAUGAUAUCUUUAUUCAUAAUUGGAUGGAGAAAGACUGCUAUAUAAAAUUGUAAAUUGUCUAGUGGGUUGGAGAUGUGAGGCUUUCUUUCCCUCUGUCUUAUCUGUGUGUGUGUGUGUGUGUAUUCUGUGUGUGUGUCUGUUCUGUGUGUGUUCAUAUUCAUAGGCCAUUCACAGAGAUGAUGGACGAUGGCAUGUGUAGACGCAGUCUGCUGACUCUGCUGCCAUUACAUUAACCACCUGCCUUGAAAGUGUGUGUACGUGUGUGUGCUUUUGAGCAUAUGCCUGCAUGUGUGCGUGUGUGUGUUGUGUUUGUGUUGUGUGUGUGUUGUGUGUGUAAUGUAGUUAAUGGCCUGUGUACAGUCGUGGUCAAAAGUUUUGAGAAUGACACAAAUACUAAUUUUCACAAAGUCUGCUGCCUCAGUUUUGAAGAUGGCAAUUUGCAUAUACUCUAGAAUGUCAUGAAGAGUGAUCAGAUGAAUUGCAACUAAUUGCAAAGUCCCUCUUUGCCAUGAAAAUGAACUUAAUCCCAAAAAAACAUUUCCACUGCAUUUCAGCCCUGCCACAAAAGGACCAGCUGCCAUCAUGUCAGUGAUUCUCUCGUUAACACAGGUGAGAGUGUUGACGAGGACAAGGCUGGUGAUCACUCUGUCAUGCUGAUUGAGUUAGAAUAACAGACUGGAAGCUUUAAAAGGACGGUGGUGCUUGAAAUCAUUGUUCUUCCUCUGUUAACCAUGGUUACCUGCAAGGAAACACGUGCCGUCAUCAUUGCUUUGCACAAAAAGGGCUUCACAGGCAAGGAUAUUGCUGCUAGUAAGAUUGCACCUAAAUCAACCAUUUAUCGGAUCAUCAAUAACUUCAAGGAGAGAGGUUCAAUUGUUGUGAAGAAGGCUUCAGGGCGCCCAAGAAAGUCCAGCAAGCGCCAGGACCGUCUCCUAAAGUUGAUUCAGCUGCGGGAUCGGGGCACCACCAGUGCAGAGCUUGCUCAAGAAUGGCAGCAGGCAGGUGUGAGUGCAUCUGCACGCACAGUGAGGCGAAGGCUUUUGGAGGAUGGCCUGGUGUCAAGAAGGGCAGCAAAUAAGCCACUUCUCUCUAGGAAAAACAUCAGGGACAGACUGAUAGUCUGCAAAAGGUACAGGGAUUGGACUGCUGAGGACUGGGGUAAAGUCAUUUUCUCUGAUGAAUCCCCUUUCCGAUUGUUUGGGGCAUCCGGAAAACACCUUGUCCGGAAAAGACAAGGUGAGCGCUACCAUCAGUCCUGUGUCAUGCCAACAGUAAAGCAUCCUGAGACUAUUCAUGUGUGGGGUUGCUUCUCAGCCAAGGGAGUGGGCUCACUCACAAUUUUGCCUAAGAACACAGCCAUGAAUAAAGAAUGGUACUAACACAUCCUCCAAGAGCAACUUCUCCCAACCAUCCAAGAACAGUUUGGUGACGACCAAUGCCUUUUCCAGCAUGAUGGAGCACCUUGCCAUAAGGCAAAAGUGAUAACUAAGUGGCUCGGGGAACAAAACAUCGAAAUUUUGGGUCCAUGGCCAGGAAACUCCCCAGACCUUAAUCCCAUUGAGAACUUGUGGUCGAUCCUCAAGAGGCGGGUGGACAAACAAAACCCCACAAAUUCUGACAAACUCUAAGCAUUGAUUAUGCAAGAAUGGGCUGCCAUCAGUCAGGAUGUGGCCCAGAAGUUAAUUGACAGCAUGCCAGGGCGGAUUGCAGAGGUCUUGAAAAAGAAGGGUCAACACUGCAAAUAUUGACUCUUUGCAUAAACUUAAUGUAAUUGUCAAUACAAACCUUUGACACUUAUGGAAUGCUUGUAAUUAUACUUCAGUAUACCAUAGUAACAUCUGACAAAAAUAUCUCAUAACACUGAAGCAGUGAACUUUGUGAAGACCAAUACUUGUGUCAUUCUCAAAACGUUUGACCACGACUGUAGUGCUGUGGAGGGAGCUACAGUGAAGCAUGCUGCAGGAUUCACUUAAUAUUCCCACCAGCAGCUGGACACAGUCAUUAUUUUGCAGCACUUCUAUAUCUGUGUAAACCUGUGGAUUACUCUUCCUCCUCCUUCUCUCCUCCUCCUCUCCUCUCCUCCUUUCCUCCUCCUUCUCUCCUCCUUUCUCUACCGCAUCCUUGUGUGUGUGUGUGUGUGUGUGUGUGUGUGUGUGUGUGUGUGUGUGUGUGCUUCUGCCUGCAUGAAGUGUUCCUUUGGUGUGACCCUGGUGUUACCAUCGUUGCAGUGGUGUUACUAUGGCGUUGCCGUACUGUUACCAUACGGUUGCUGUGUUGUUGCCGUGCUGUUGCCAAGCAGUCGCCCUUUGACCUCUCUGUGACCUCUGUGUUCCACCCCCCUAUAGGUCAUCAUGUACCCCUCUAGCCGUUGGUCGCUGGGUCACAUAUACACCCCCCACCGGCCUCCUCUCCACCCUCCUCUUCCUCCUCCUUCACCACUCCUCCUCCAUCACAAAGUUCCCUUUCAGGUCUUCCUCCCUUCUCCGUUCUUUCUUAUUCUUUGACUGUCUUUGGCCUUUUUGUUGGUUUUGUCUCCAUACACUUUGAUCACUUAAUAGAAGCCAUUUGAUUUGUUUGUUUGGUUCGGUGAUUGGUCCUAUCUCUGUCAACUCCACUCAGAUCGUGUGUGUGUGUGUUUGUGUCUUUCAAAUCAAAAUCAAAUCAAAUCAAAUGUUAUGGGUCACAUACACAUAUUUAGCAGAUGUUAUUGCGGGUGUAGCGAAAUACUUGUGUUCCUAGCUCCAACAGUGCAGUAGUAUCUAACAAUUCACAACAAUACACAAAUCUAAAAGUAAAAGAAUGGAAUUAAGAAAUAAAAUACAGUAGAAUAGAAUUCAGUAUAUACAUAUGAGAUGAGUAAAGCAAUGUUCCAUUAUUAAAGUAGCCAGUGAUUCCAUGUCUAUGUAUACAGGGCAGUAGCCUCUAAGGUGCAGGGUUGAGUAGCCAGGUGGUAGCCGGCAAGUGAUGGCUAUUUAACAGUCUGAUGGCCUUGAGAUAGAAGCUGUUUUUCAGUCUCUCGGUCCCAGCUUUGAUGCACCUGUACUGACCUCGCCUUCUGGAUGAUAGCGGGGUGAACAGACCGUGGCUCAGGAGGUUGAUGUCCAUGAUUAUCUUUUUGGCCUUCCUGUGACAUCGGGUGCUGUAGGUGUCCUGGAGGGCAGGCAGUGUGCCCACGGUGAUGCAUUGGGCAGACCGCACAACCCUCUGGAGAGCCCUGUGGUUGCGGACGGUGCAUUUGCCGUACCAGGCGGUGAUACAGCCCGACAGGAUGCUCUCAAUUGUGCAUCUGUAAAAGUUUGUGAGGGUCUUAGGGGCCAAGCCGAAUUUCUUCAGCCUCCUGAGGUUGAAGAGGCGCUGUUGCGCCUUCUUCACCACACUGUCUGUGUGGGUGGACCAUUUCAGAUUGUCAUUGAUGUGUACGUGGAGGAACUUGAAGCUUUCCACCUUCUCCACUGCGGUCCUGUCGAUGUGGAUAGGGGCGUGCUGUUUCCUGAAGUCCACGAUCAGCUCCUUCGUUUUUGUUGAGGGAGAGGUUAUUUUCCUGGCAUCACUCCGCCAGGGCCCUCACCUCCUCCCUGUAGGCUGUCUCGUCAUUGUUGGUAAUCAAGCCUACUACUGUUGUGUCGUGUGCAAACUUGAUGAUUGAGUUGGAGGCGUGCGUGGCCACGCAGUCAUGGGUGAACAGGGAGUACAGGAGGGGGCUGAGCACGCACCCUUGUGGGGCCACUGUGUUGAGGAUCAGUGAAGUGGAGGUGUUGUUUCCUACCUUCACCACCUGGGGGCGGCCCGUCAGGAAGCCAUCAGAAAGCUAUAGUCAAUGAACAGCAUUCUUACAUAGGUAUUCCUCUUGUCCAGAUGGGAUAGGGCAGUGUGCAGUGUGAUGGCGAUUGCAUCGUCUGUGGAUCUAUUGGGGCGGUAAGCAAAUUGAAGUGGGUCUAGGGUGUAAGGUAGAGGUGAUAUGAUCCUUAACUAGCCUCUCAAAGCACUUCAUGAUGACAGAAGUGAGUGCUAUGGGCGAUAGUCAUUUAGUUCAGUUACCUUUGCUUUCUUGGGUACAGGAACAAUGGUGGACAUCUUGAAGCAAGUGGGGACAGCAGACUGGGAUAGGGAGAGAUUGAAUAUGUCCGUAAACACUCCAGCCAGCUGAUCUGCGCAUGCUCUGAAGAUGCGGCUAGGGAUGCCGUCUGGGCCGGCAGCCUUGCGAGGGUUAACACACUUAAAUGUUUUACUCACGUCAGCCACGGAGAACAAGGGCCCACAGUCCUUGGGAGCGGGCCGCAUCGGUGGCACUGUGUUAUCCUCAAAGCGGGUGAAGAAGGUGUUUAGCUUGUCUGGGAGCAAGACGUCGGUGUCUGCGACAUGGCUGGUUUUCCCUUUGUAAUACGUGAUUGUCUGUAGACCCUGCCACAUACGUCUCGGGUCUGAGCCGUUGAAUUGCGACUCCACUUUGUCUCUGUACUGACGUUUUGCCUGUUUGAUUGCCUUACAGAGGGAAUAACUACACUGUUUGUAUUCAACCAUUUGUGUGUGUGUCUGUGUGUCUGUGUGUGCACGUUUGUGCGUGCGUUCAUACAUUCUUCCAGUUUCAGCUUUGCAGUGUUCAGAGACAGGGACCCACUCCCCAAAUAAUAUUUUCGUCUAUCACGGACGAAUGUGGUGGAAGGAAAGCACCCUCGGCAACCAGAAUGAGCAUUUUGAUUGGUUGUUGAAAAGUUUGCUCUUGAGGGGGAAAGAGCAUAGAUUGGUCUUCAACAAGUAAUUUUCAACAAUGGGAAGGCAGUUGUGGGGGUUAGAGUACAGUAUAGGGGAUUAUUUGUAAAAAAUAUAUAUUUUACACAGUUUUCUUUUCUCCUUAAAAUACAUUGUGAUACGUUCAUUGAUAUGAGGCCAACAAUAUAUUUUCAGACCUAAAGCAAGUGCCUCCAUAUUUGAGUGUUGGUGUGGAAGUCUGUGAUUGUGCCUCUCCACUAUAACUCCCUCUCUCUCACCUGUUCCCUCAGCCCCAGACCCCUCUCUUUCACUCCCUCUCUCUCUCCUGUUCCCUCAGCCCCAGAACCAUCUCUUUCACUCCCUCUCUCUCUCCUGUUCCCUCAGCCCCAGACCCCUCUCUUUCACUCCCUCUCUCUCUCCUGUUUCCUCAGCCCCAGACCCCUCUCUUUCACUCCCUCUCUCUCUCCUGUUCCCUCAGCCCCAGAUCCCUCUCUUUCACUCCCUCUCUCUCUCCUGUUCCCUCAGCCCCAGAUCCCUCUCUUUCACUCCCUCUCUCUCUCCUGUUCCCUCAGCCCCAGAUCCCUCUCUUUCACUCCCUCUCUCUCUCCUGUUCCCUCAGCCCCAGAUCCCUCUCUUUCACUCCCUCUCUCUCUCCUGUUCCCUCAGCCCCAGAUCCCUCUCUUUCACUCCCUCUCUCUCUCCUGUUCCCUCAGCCCCAGAUCCAUCUCUUUCACUCCCUCUCUCUCUCUCCUGUUCCCUCAGCCCCAGAUCCCUCUCUUUCACUCCCUCUCUCUCUCCUGUUCCCUCAGCCCCAGAUCCCUCUCUUUCACUCCCUCUCUCUGCCCUGACAUUUAUUAUUAUCCCACAGCGUUUAACCAACCCUCUCCUUCUCCCUCUCCCUCUCAGAUGGAGCAGCCGUCGAUGGAGCAGAAGGGUCAUGCCAACGUGCCGUGGAUAUUGGAACCAGGGCAGGAGGCCAAGAGAGGAGCCAACACCAAGUAUGAGACCACUAUUUUCUAAUAGCGUAUACCACCCGCCUGUCCACUCCUGUGUGUGUGCCUUGCAGAGAGAGCUGGCCCUCUAGAGGCCCCCCAACGGAGCUGCACGGCACAAGCGACCCUCUUAUGCGGCGACGUGUGUGACCUCACUGGCCGAAAACCUGCUCCGCCGUUAGCUGCCUCAACCUCUGCAUGAUGACGUUUGGCGCUGUGCUGUGUGUCUCUCUCUCUCACACACUCCUCUCUCUUGCGCUCCCCAACCCCCCCCCCCCCCCCCCCCCACCCCGCUGCCCCCCCUUCCUUUUCCUGUUGACGCCUUAGCCUGCCUGCAGGGGCGGAGCAUGAACCUUUUACCCUUGGGGUGAUGGUGUACCUCUCUGUCUAGACCUGUAGGGGGCAACAGUCAGUUCUAUUUUUCCAUUUUUCACAGUCAGCCCUCCCCUCUUAUGUGUCAGGCAGUCAGUUGGUUGGUCAGUAAAUCACUCUUAUUUUUUUCCUGACUGGGGGGAUGGAACCAUUUGGUUAUCUCUCUUUAUUUCUCCUCCUACUGCUGUUCCUCCACUCUUCGCUUUUCCUUUUUGUCAGCCCUCUCUCUCUUUUUUCACCCCUUCGACAAGCUGAAUGAGAAUAUCUAGACCAUUAUGCUGCUAAGAACCCCACCCUUAACAGUCUUUUUGUCUUUGUUGUUUUUUAGAGCAAAGCCAAUUCUCCAGCACUAGGUUUGCGUGCUGAUGUUUUGGGGGAUUUUGUUGUCCAGUACUGGUAACCCAGAGGAAAGUGGAGGGAACAUUUUUUUAUCAGUUCCAUCCAGUUGGAGAGGAUAAUGGACUGCUAUGAGAGAUGAUGUAGCAAAUGUUACUUUACUUUUCAAAAAAAGUUGCUAGUUCAACAGACUCCUGUUUUUAUCAUAUAUCAGUCUUUGAUUUUUACAGCAGAUUAUUUUUUUGAAACAUUGUGAGACAUAUUUUGAGAAAUGUUUGAGUGGCAAAGCGUUGUUUGUUUAUUUGAAGCUAAUUUACCUUUGAUACAGGAAGGAAUAGCUUUUAAACCACACGCUGUACCUGUGUCCAGAUUGAAUCUGUUUAAAAUAGGUUAUUAUUUGAUGCAUCAUUUUUUUUCUAUACUUGUUUUGUUGGGAAAUGCUGAAAAGGUUUAGCUUGUGGCUUGUGAGGCGCAUGGCGUUCAUUUUGGACUGACUGGUGACGAGGGAGGGGUGGGGCCGGUGGAGGUGGAUAGGAGGUGGGGUUUGGGGACUAUCUGGAUAAGUGAUGUAAUCUCAUUCGCAGGGCAAUGCCGGACGCCCAUGUCUAUUACUGUGGAAUGCAAAGAAUGUAGCCAGCCCUAAACACGGACCCUCUCACACACAAUGCAAAAAGGACUACAAAUAUGGACCCUUCUGUCUCUCACAGUGUCAAAGGACUGCAAACAUGGACACUCUCUAACGGACUUGGUGUUUAAGGUUGAUUACAGAACGAGGACAUCCAUCGUCCCACAAACCACAAACAUUGGACCCAUGGACUAACGGUGCGCACACACACACACACACAC